AUGGUUAAACCAAAGAAAGAAGAAGAUAAAGAUGAUUUAUCACCAGAAGAAUUAAAAUUAAGAAGAUCACCAACAGAUAUAAAAUGUAAAGCUAAAAGAGUAUUAUUGGUACAAAAACUUCAAGCAGCAAAAAAGACAGCAAGAGAAAAAGCUAGAAAACAAAGAAAAAAAGAAAGAGAAAUGUUAGGCGAUGCAGCACCAGCAAAACAAGAACCAAGAACUAUUGAAAGUAUGAGAAGACCCGAUGACACAAUGGUAGAUGAUGUCGAUGAAGAAACCCAAGAAGAUAUUAAUAAAGAUGAAUUCGAAUCCUAUUUUGAUGGUAAACCACCCAAAGUUUGUAUUACAACUAAUCAAAGAGCCGCUAAAAAUGCCGUCGAUUUUGCUCAAAUAUUCCCAAAAUUAUUACCAAAUGCCGAAUUUUUCCAUCGUAGAAAGUAUCAUUUAAAAGAAAUUAUUGAAUUUUGUAAUAAUAGAGAUUAUACAGAUGUAAUUGUUGUAAAUGAAACAAAAGGAAUUAUAGAUGAAUUAACUAUUACACAUUUACCAUAUGGACCAACAGCAACAUUUAGAUUAACAAAUUUAGUUAUGCCAGAAGAUAUACCAGGUGGUGGUGAAAUGACAUCACAUAAAGCAGAGUUAAUUGUUAAUGGUUUUAAAACUCGUUUAGGUUUAACAGUCGGUAGAAUUUUUGCAUCAAUUUUCGCACAAGAUCCAAACUUCAAAGGUCGUAGAGUAUGUACAUUACAUAAUCAACGUGAUUUCAUAUUUUUUAGACAGCAUCGUUAUAUAUUUGAAACAAAAGAAGAGGCCAAUCUUCAAGAAUUAGGUCCACGUUUUACUUUAAAAUUAAAAUCUUUACAAAAGGGUACUUUUGAUACUUCAGGUGGUGAAUAUAUUCAUGUUCAUCAUCACAAUAUGGAUGUAGAUAGAAAGAAAUUUGUUUUAUAA